AUGUCCUAUCCGCCUCCUCCAGGCCCGAACUCAUCGCUCCCACCUCGUCCUCCGCCGUCGCGCGUAUCCGGCUUCAAGCCCGCCUUCUCGCCCGCCCCUCCCCCAACCCACACCCCGAGCCCCGGCGCCGUAACAGGCGCUCCCUACGCGCCUCCCGCGUACUCCGGCGCGCCCGUCUCCCACCACUCUCACCACCACCACCCCCCUCACCACCAAUAUGGCGGCACCUCGUCGUACCAGCAACCGUACGCGCGGCCCCCCUCCAUGAGCUCCGGCGGCGGGUACCAGCCCCCGCAACCGGUCGCCGCAAACCCGUACCAGCCGUACCCCGGGCAGCAGCCUCAGCCCGGGGGCGGAGGCUACCCAUCGCAGCAGACGCCUAGCUACUACGGCGCGCAGCCGCAAGCCGCCGCCCCCGCCCCCUCGACCGCGUCCUACGCCGCGCCGCCGCAGAUCCGCAACCCGUUCCCGGCGCCCGCCCAGGCGCGCGCCAACGACGACUACGACCCGGACAUGGCGGCGCAGAUCGCGCAGUGGCAGAGCGCGUACGUGAAGGAUCCCGCCAAGGAGGGCCCUGGCGCGCCGGGGGCGGCCGGGGCGGCGGGGACGGGACCCGCAUCUGGCGGUCGGGCAGGUGCCUACGCGAACGGCGCUACGACGACGACGACUUACAGCGCGGAGUCGAGCGCCGCGGCUGCCGCAGCGGCAGCGGUAGGAGCUAACGCGGCGGCGAACCCCGAGAAGAAGAAGACGGUGGUGCGGGUAGGCGGCGGGCAGAAGUGGACGGAUGACACGCUCCUCGAGUGGGACCCGUCGCACCUGCGUCUCUUCGUCGGCAACCUGGCGGGCGAGACGACGGACGAGUCCCUCUACAAGGCCUUCUCGCAGUGGAAGUCGCUGCAGAAGGCGCGCGUGAUCCGGGACAAGGUGACGGCCAAGUCGAAGGGGUACGGGUUCGUGUCCUUCAGCGACCCGGACGAGUUCUUCUCCGCCGCCAAGGAGAUGAACGGCAAGUACAUCCAGUCGCACCCCGUCGUCGUGCGCAAGAGCACCACCGAGAUCAAGCCCACGACGCAGAAGGACGGCAACCGCUGGAACAAGAACGGCAAGAACAAGAAUUGGAAGAACAAGAACCGCGGCGGAGGAGGAGGAGGAAGCGGUAACGGAUCUGGCGCCGGGGGCAAGCGCGAGGGAAGCUUCGAGCCGCACCUCGGCCCCGCGGCUGCCGGCGUGCAUAAGCCGGGCCAGAAGACCAAGGGCGGGCUUAAGCUUUUGGGUUAA